AUGUCAUCAAGACUCAAUCCAAACUCAUCAAUGUUCAUGCCUAUGCAGGUUGGCAGAGGUAACUUCCAAUUCGUACAGCCUAAUAUAGGCAAUGUUAUGGGUCAUCAUGGAAUGGGUCACAAUGCAUUCAACUAUCCAUUUGCUCCACAGAUGAUAAUGACUCAACAGCAACAACAGCAACAACCAUACACAUCACAACCUCCACCAGUUGGUAUACAGCCUGCUGUAUUCACAACAGGCGGUAGCGGUGGCGGUGGCGGUGGCGGUGGUGGUAGUGGAGGUGGUAGUGGCAGUGGCAGCGGCAGUUCGAGCUCAUCAUCAACAUCGACCUCAUCUUCAUCAAACACAUCUACAUCAUCAACUAGCGGAGCAGCGGCAGCACAGGUCAAGGCAAACACAGUACCAUACACUCAGUUUAAGAGUUUGGAGACUGCGACAAAGUAUUUCACAGAGUGUACAGUCAAGGAGCUACAAGGUCAUAAGAAGAAGGUCAACUCAGUAUCAUGGAGUUGCGAUGGAAAGAGAUUGGCAAGUGGAAGUUGGGAUCAAACUGCAAGGAUAUGGAACAUAGAGAACCCUAAACAAAAGGAAUUAGAACUACGCGGACAUAGUGAGAGCAUUGAGCAAUUGAGAUACAGCCCCACUGCACCUGAUGUACUGGCGACAGCAUCAUCGGACAAGACUGUAAAGAUAUGGGACACACGCAGUGGCAAGUGCACAAUGUCAAUAGCAACGAGCGGAGAGAACAUCAAUCUGUGUUGGUACGUCGAUGGCUCACUGCUGGCCGUCGGCAACAAGGAGGACAACAUCAGCAUCAUCGAUCUGAAGCGACCGGACGACCCUAUCAUCCGCACGAACAAGUAUCAGCAGGAGAUCAAUGAGAUCAUUUGGGACACGACUGGUCAGCUGUUCUUCAUGACGACGGGCACGGGCCUCCUCGACGUGAUGCUCUGGCACCCCGACAGCAAGAAGUACACUCCCCUGCAUACGAUCAAUGGACACACGGCCAAUCUGUACACGAUCGAGAUGGACCCGCUGGGCCGCUACUUUGCGAUUGGCUCGGCAGACUCUGUCGUCUCGCUGUGGGACAUCAACGAGAUGUACUGUCUGCGCUCAUUCACCAAACUCAACGCACCCGUCCGAACGAUGGGCUUUAGCAGCGACGGUCAAUUCCUGGCCUACUCCUCCGAGGAGCCAUUCAUUGAGAUUGGACAUGUUGAGAGUGGCCAAUCAAUCUUCCAGAUACCCGUUGAAACAGGACUUAACUCGAUAGCAUGGCAUCCAAGUGAGCCAUUGAUUGCAUUCGCCAGUGAUGAUAAGGAUCAAACAAAGGACGCAGGUACCAUCAAGAUCUUUGGUAAAUUUACCAAUCCUUAA